CCACUUGCAGAACCUUUUUAGCAGUACCCUGUCUGCUCAGCACACUCCGCACAGGUAACAUCAGGCAAUGUGUAUGGGACGCACAGAAAGUCAGCAGAUAAGGAGCUAUGGCAGGGUGCUGCAAGCAAUACACCGAUGGCUGGAAAUAUCCAACAAUUCUUCUCUGCCUCUUUGGAUUUUUUGUGAAUUUGAGAGCUGUGGAACCAUUCUUUGCUGCAUAUCUUAUAGGACCACAUCACAAUCUGACAGCUGAACAGGUGUCAGCCUCUGUGCUUCCAGUGUGGACUUACAGUCACCUGGCAUUGUUGCUUCCAGUAUUCCUGCUAACAGAUUACCUGCGUUACAAGCCAGUCAUAAUCCUGCAAGGCCUCGGAAUCAUCAUCUCGUUGCUUUUAUCGUUGCUAACCCAUGGUGUUCCAGCAAUGCAAGUGAUGGAGUUUUUCUAUGGCAUAUUUACUGCCUGUGAUCCGGCAUAUUACGCCUACAUCUACAGUGUGGUUGACAUUGCACAUUACCAGAAGGUAACUGGUUACUGCCGGAGCAUAACACUGGUUGGUGUUGCCCUUGGUGCAGUGAUUGGACAAUUGUUAGUCUCCUUGGCAGGGAUCUCAUUAGUCUAUCUCAAUGUAAUCUCAUUGACAUCAACCUCGAUGGCUUUUUUGUGCUCUUUGUUUCUUCCCUUACCCAGUAGGACUAUGUUUGUUCACAGGAAGAUGGCUGGAGACACUACAAAUAUAUUAUCCAAAGAGAUGGAAUCUCCUCAUUCAGAGCAAAUACAGAGUGUGACUAUUACAGAAACUGAGAACAAAGGCAGUAAUCAAUGCCUCCAGUUACUAUGGCGCCUGGGUAAAGAAAUGAAAGACUGUUACUCCUCUAAGCAAAUCUUGUACUGGUCCUUGUGGUGGGCAUUUGCAACAGCCGGAUAUAGUCAAAUUAUAAAUUAUGUGCAGCUUCUAUGGGAACACAUAGAACCUUCUCAGAAUUUUGCUUUGUACAAUGGCGGAGCUCAGGCCAUAUCCACAUUUCUUAGUGCUGUUUUGUCUUUCUUGGUGGGAUAUGUGAAGGUGAACUGGGAUGUGUUUGGAGAACUGGCUCUUACCAUUUUCUCUGCCAUUGACGCUGGAGCCAUCUUCAUCUUCAUGGUUUACAGCAGAAAUAUCUGGAUGUGCUAUGCUGGAUUCAUCAUAUUCAAAUCCUGUUACAUGCUUCUCAUUACCAUUGCAACGUACCAGGUUGCUGUUAAUCUGAGCAUGGAACGUUAUGCACUGCUCUUUGGCUUUAACACGUUUGUUGCACUAGUUCUUCAGACAAUCCUGAUUCUUAUUGUGGUGGAUCCUCGAGGCCUGGCCCUGGACAUUGUCACACAGUUUAUCGUGUAUGGAAGCUACUUUAUUGUUAUUGCUGGGAUUUUUCUUGUAAGGAGCAUGUACCUCUUGAUACCCCUGUACUGCAAGGGGCCAGUCAAUCAGCUACAAAGUGCAAUAAAAGCUAAAACUCAUCAUUAUGGGAUAAACUGAUGACUCUUCAUCUGCCUGAACCAAUACUGUGCAUACAAGGAUACUGCAAGAAACCACUGGGCUUGCAGGCACUCGAGGAGGGCUGCAAAAAUCAAAGUUAAAAAAAGUGUUUUUUAGAAAAUUACAUUUAAAACUUCAGUAACUCCACUGACUUACGCAUUUUG